UUCAAAUUUGCCUAAUAAUCAACAAAGUAAUCAAAAAAAAAAAGUUAUUGAUGUUCUUGAUAAUAAAUUUGUUAAAAAGCAGGUGUGUACAGAGCAUGUUCAUGAAACCGAAGUUGAAAUAAAUACACAUAAUAGCUUGCUAGUUAACAGACAAACUAAUGAUGUCGCUGUGCAAGUUAGUAAAGAAACCCAUGAGUUCAGCGUUCAAGUAUCUGAUGUUAUGUUGCAUACUCUUGAAACUCACAUUAAUUUAUUUGAGUUACAGUUAAAUUCAAAAAUAAAUGAGUUAGAGGAUCUUAAAAAACAAUUAUACUAUAUCUACGAUUAUAUAAUUAAGAAAUUAAAAAUAUACUUAUCAUCCAUUUUAGAGGAGCUCGUUGCUGAAAAAAAUGAAAAGGUCAAUGCUAUUGACAUAACUAUAAAAAAUCAAAAAGGCGUUAGAA